AUGCUGCGAUUGGCUGUUUUGCUAGCUUUAUUUAAUUUAAUUUCUGUAGCUUGGGCUGGCCAGAUAUAUUUGGAUCCGACGAAGCCGACAACCACGACGGCGGAGCCAACCACUCCCAGUCUGACCCGAAGAUUUCUAGCUCAAGUCCCAUUAAUUGGAGAAAUCCAGAAAAAUUCCGGCCCUGCAUUAGCUAUAUGGCUAAUCCUCCUGAUCAUCUUCUUGGUUUUUUACAUUCCAGCCUCGAUAUUGUAUUUUGUGCGAAGAUAUCGCCGGGAGCGUGACGGGACAUCAAGAAGCCCAACUUCCAACGGUCGAUUAGAAGAGCUGGAAGAGCUCAAAUUUGUCGAUGAAGGGAAUGGAAGGGCUAAAAAUGGGAAUGGACGACAUGUC